AUGGCCGUCAAUAAGCGAGCCUGUAAGGCUAUGAACUCUUAUGUAACGCUUGUCGGUGGAAAAACAUACCUUACAGACGAGUGGACAAAUGUUAGGCCGGGAAUCUUGUCUCUGGUCGGUAGAAAUCUGCACAAAAACUCAAAUCACCCAAUAGGGAUUUUGAGAGAACUGAUUGAAAGUCGAUUCAAGAAUCUAGGGUACACUUUCUACAACGAUUUCGAUCCCGUUGUGUCGGUACAUGAUAAUUUCGAUGUACUAGGAUUCCCGAAAGACCAUCCAGGCAGGUCAAGAUCUGAUACAUACUACAUCAACAAAGAUCUUGUGCUUCGGACACACACCUCGGCCCACGAACCUUUAUGCUUCAAGAAUUGUUCAACGCCUGGGUACUUCAUUUCAGGAGACGUAUAUCGAAAAGACGAAAUCGAUCGUACCCAUUAUCCGGUUUUUCACCAGUUGGAAGGCGGUCGUCUGUGGUCUCGAGAAUCGCUAGGAGACUCUUUAGUUUCCCAGAUAGAGUCCGAAAUUGCUGCCCUUCCAAAAUUAGAUAUUAUUGUCGAGGAUGACAAUCCGAUAUUUGAUGCAGUUCAGAAUCCCAAACAAGACCACAUGUCGGACUUGGAGACAAAACUAAUAACUUUGCAUUUGAAAAAAACGAUUGAAAUUCUGGUUGAUCAGGUUUUUAAUGAAGCUAAGAAAGCAGCCUUAGAGACUGGAUCUAACGUAUUGAGUUUCGAAGAGCCUCUUCGGGUUAGAUGGUUGCAAGAUAGAUUUCCAUGGACUACACCUUCUUGGCAAAUUGAGGUUUGGUGGAAUGGUAGCUGGCUAGAAUGCUGCGGUUGUGGAAUUGUUAAGAAUGAGGUUCUUUUGAAGUCCGGCAUAGCGAAUAGCAUUGGUUGGGCAUUUGGAAUAGGUCUUGACAGGAUUGCAAUGCUUCUUUUUGGUGUUCCCGAUAUCAGACUUUUCUGGUCCAAUGAUGACAGGUUCAAAAAACAAUUCUCAGCUAAUCAAAUUUCGGUUUUCAGACCAUACUCCAAGUAUCCUGGUUCUGUAAGGGAUAUAUCAUUUUGGCUCCCUGAAAAAACCAUGGAAGCCUCCGCUCUCCAUGAAAACGACUUGAUGGAAAUUGUUCGUGAAGUUGCAGGUGACUUGGCCGAAAGCGUAAAGCUUAUAGAUGAAUUUGUGCAUCCAAGGACGGGCAAACGGUCUCAAUGCUAUAGAGUCAAUUAUCAAUCAAUGGAUAGAUCACUCAUCACAGAGGAGGUGAACGCGCUAGAUGAGAAAGUGAGAGAGGCCCUGAGGUCUUCAUAUAAUAUAGAACUUCGGUAG